CACCCUCCUAGGCGGAAGCGGCGUUGGCGACUUCAGUAAAGAAAAGUGCGAGUUCUAACUUUUCUCUUGGUCAGGGAAGGUUUUGGCGCGGAGCGUCGUCAUGUCUGAGAAAAAGCAGCCGGUAGACUUGGGUCUCUUGGAGGAGGACGACGAAUUCGAGGAGUUCCCUGCGGAAGACUGGGCUGGUUUGGAUGAAGAUGAAGACGCACAUGUCUGGGAGGAUAAUUGGGAUGAUGACAAUGUAGAGGAUGACUUCUCCAAUCAGUUACGAGCUGAACUAGAGAAACAUGGUUAUAAGAUGGAGACUUCAUAGCAUCCAGAAGAAAUGUUGAAGCAACCUAAACUUGAGCUGUUUAUUAACAUCCAGGAUGGGACACUUAAAGAAGAAAUGUUUAUUUCAUUAGCUGCUUGGAUUUAUUUUUGUUUUUGUAACACACAAAAAUAAAUGUUUUGAUCUAAUCUUGAUUUGGUUCAGAA